UCAUCAGCCGGCAGCCCCGCCCCUGCCUGCCUGGUCCCCUUAGCUAGUCAUGAGGGGGAGGCACUUGCAAGCCCAGUGUUCCGGUGGGUGCAAAAAGAAGAGUGAGGGGCCCCUGUGCCCAGGGAUGGAGGCCCCCCAUUUCCACUCUCCAGGCUGUUUGGGGGCUUUUCCGCAAAGCCCUGGCUCUCCACUGGGCUCUGCGCUGUCCAUGGGGUAUCUUGGAACUGGGGGGCCCAGGUGUCCACAGUCCUCACUCCUUUCCAUGUCGGCACUUAGAUGAGGCGUCCCCAUAGCGGGUUCUUACUUGUUCCCCCCGAGUCUCCUGCACUUCCCCUCCAACCAGGAGCACAGCGACCCUGCCCCUCAGCCUGCCCCACCCCCUAUCCUCUCCGCGCUCUAGGGGGCGUGGCCAAGCGUGCAAAUCCACUAUAAAGGUGGCAGUGCCCUCACCCUCACCCUGAAGGUGACAGUUCCCUGUAGCUUUCCCUGAUCUUCUUGGGGUCCCUGGCUCCAGAGACCAACCUUCACAGCUCAGCUCCGCACCUCACAGCAGCAGCCACCUGGAGAUCUCUAUGAAGAUCAUGUUUUCUGCAUUUGGCCUCUCCAUCCCCAUCUCAGCCACAGAGCUUCUCCUGGCCUCUGCCAUCUGCUGCCUGGUAUUCUGGGUGGUCAGGGCCUGGCAGCCUCAGGUCCCCAAAGGCCUGAAGAGUCCCCCAGGGCCCUGGGGCUGGCCUCUGCUCGGGCACCUGCUGACCUUGGGGAAGAACCCACACCUGGCGCUGUCGAGGCUGAGCCAGCGUUACGGGGAUGUGCUGCAGAUCCGCAUCGGCUGCACGCCCGUGGUGGUGCUCAGUGGCCUGGACACCAUCCGGCAGGCCCUGGUGCGGCAAGGCGACGAUUUCAAGGGCCGGCCCGACCUCUACAGCUUCACCUUGGUUACUGAUGGCCAGAGCCUGACCUUCAACCCAGACUCUGGGCCGGUGUGGGCCGCCCGCCGGCGCCUGGCCCAGAAUGCCUUGAAGAGCUUCUCCAUUGCCUCAGACCCGGCUGCCUCAUCGUCCUCCUACCUGGAGGAGCAUGUGAGCAAGGAGGCCGAGUACCUCAGCAGCAAGUUCCAGGAGCUGAUGGCAGAGUUUGGGCACUUUGAACCUGACAGGUAUUUAGUGGUGUCAGUGGCUAAUGUCAUCUGUGCCAUAUGCUUUGGCCAACGCUACGACCAUGACAACCAAGAGCUGCUUAGCAUAAUCAACCUGAGUAAUGAGUUUGGGGAGGUGGCUGCCUCUGGGAACCCAGCUGACUUCAUCCCUGUCCUCCGUUACCUGCCCAACCGUGCCCUGGAUGUCUUCACGGAACUGAACGAGAAAUUCUACAGCUUCAUGCAGAAGAUGGUCAAGGAGCACUACAAAACAUUUGCGAAGGGCCACAUCCGGGAUAUCACAGACAGCCUGAUUGAGCACUGUCAGGACAAAAGGCUGGACGAGAAUGCCAAUAUCCAACUGUCGGAUGAGAAGGUCGUUAAUGUUGUCAUGGACCUCUUUGGAGCUGGGUUUGACACAGUCACGACCGCCAUCUCCUGGAGCCUCCUGUACCUGGUGACAAACCCCAGCAUGCAGAAGAAGAUCCAGGCAGAGCUGGAUGCAGUGAUUGGCAGGGAGCGGCGGCCCCGGCUCUCAGACAGACCCCAGCUGCCCUAUCUGGAGGCCUUCAUCCUAGAGACCUUCCGACACUCCUCCUUUGUACCCCUGACCAUCCCCCACAGUACCACAAGAGACACAAAUCUGAGUGGCUUUUACAUCCCCAAGGGGCGUUGCAUCUUUGUGAACCAGUGGCAGAUCAACCAUGACCAGAAGCUGUGGGGCAACCCAUCUGAGUUCUGCCCAGAACGGUUUCUCACUGCUAACGGCACCGUCAACAAGGCGCUGAGCGAGAAGGUGAUUCUCUUUGGCUUGGGCAAGCGGAAAUGCAUUGGUGAGACCAUUGCCCGCUUGCAGGUCUUUCUCUUCCUGGCUAUCCUGCUGCAGCAGGUAGAGUUCAGCGUGCCGUCGGGUGUGAAGGUGGACAUGACCCCCAUCUACGGGCUGAGCAUGAAGCAUGCCCGCUGCGAGCACUUCCAGGUGCAGGUGCGCUCUUAGGAGGCGGAAAGCCCGGCAGCCUAGAUGGUCUGCCUGGCCUGUCCGGGCAGCCAGCCAGCCAGGGGCAUCUAAGCUUCGGACUGAAACCCACAGAUACUGGUCUGGCUGAUUUUUGUAUUUGGGCUAUGGGCAAGCCCGAAGCAUCAUGCCUGCCCCCAACUCUGGACUUGUCCCUCUGCAUACUGACCACAGACAGUGGACAUAGCAGGGGCCACACAGGAGCUGUGGAGCCUUCUGGAGUUGUGCUUGAGCUAGGAGGCCGGUAAGGUCAGGAGGUCUUCAUGCCUGUAGACACCUCUGAGGAGCUCCCCGGAAGCCCCUGAACCCAGCCGUUGGCUGGCUCUCUGUGGAGGCUGGCUGGCUUGAGAAACAUCUGAACAGGUCCCGGCAGGGCCUGUCCAAUCUCUUUGACAAAUGGGAGCCAUCAGGGGUGAAGGGAAGAGGCCGCUCAGGAUACUGGCACAGAGGUAGUCUCCCUGCUUGAACAGGUGUUCCCUGACCACAGGGGUCUGAGACUGUGUGCCUGGGGGAAUUGCCUUCCGCUGCCCUCCCUCAGGGCGGGAGCAUGGCUUCUUCCUGUUCCCUUCCUGGAGGGCUGGGGACUUGCAUCAAAGAGGAGCAGAGAGCAGAAGGAGUGCCCAAAUCCAGGCACCAGGACCAGGUCAGGAGGGAGAGGACUGGUCCGCGUUGUCUAUGCCCUGUGUAUUAAAAUGUCUUUUUAAAAUGUAUGUACACAAAGAGGUUUUUAUUUUAGCCUGCAUUUUACUUGAGUGUUUGCAUUUAUCAUAAAUAAGAGCUUAAGAACACAUACUGAGUGCAAGAAAGUCUAACCCCAAGUAUCCAACAACGUGUAAGAAACACUUACCUAAGCUAAAUAAAGAUAUUAUCCAGAA